UUGCGGCUGCCUGUUUCCCGCGGGCCCGCGCACCUCGCGCGGUUGUCAUGGAGAUGGACGCGGAGGCGACGCCACUGCCGGUGGGUCGGGUCGGUGGACGCGGAAUAGCGACCCCUGAUUCGGCCACCUGUAGGGCGAGCCCCACAGAGUCCCGUCCUGCCUCUUCGCCCCCGUGAGGGUCCCCAGAGUCGCUGAAAACCGCGUCAGCAUGUCAGGAGAGACGAGCGCGCCGGGGGCCUCCCCCAGGGCCCCGCGUCCCGCGACCCAGAAGUCGUCCGGCACAGUGACCAAAAAGGGGGAUCGCGGGGCCAAGGAGAAGCCAGCGGCUGUCCUACCGCCGGUGGGCGAGGAGGAGCCCAAAAAUCCUGAGGAGUACCAGUGCACCGGGGUCCUUGAGAUCGACUUCGCCGAGCUCUGUACGCUGUCUGGCUACACCGACUUCCCCAAAGUUGUGCCCCGGCCCCGCCCGCACCCGACCUUUUUCCCCUCCGCUUCUAUGUCGGAAAAGCCCACCCAAGAGGAUCAGCGGCUGUCGGGGUCCUGCAGCCUCAACAGCGUGGAGAGCAAAUACGUGUUCUUCCGGCCCACGAUCCAGGUGGAGCUGGACCAGGAGGACAAGGCCGUGAAGGAAAUCUACAUCCGCGGCUGGAAGGUUGAGGAGCGGAUCCUGGGUAUCUUCUCUAAAUGUCUGCCCUCCCUCAGCCAGCUGCAGGCCAUCAACUUGUGGAAGGUGGGGCUGACUGACAAGACUCUGACCACCUUCAUCGCCCUCCUGCCUCUCUGCUCCUCCACACUCAGGAAGGUGUCUCUGGAGGGGAACCCGCUGCCGGAGCAGUCAUAUCACAAGCUCAUGGCAUUGGACAGCACGAUCGCUCACUUGUCUCUGCGGAACAACAACAUCGACGACCACGGAGCGCAGCUCCUGGGCCAGGCUCUGUCCACGCUACACAGCUGCAACCGGACCCUGGUCUCGCUCAACCUGGGCUUCAACCACAUCGGGGACGAGGGCGCCGGCUACCUCGCGGACGGCCUCCGGCUGAACCGCUCCCUGCUCUGGCUGUCCCUGGCUCACAACCGCAUCCAGGACAAGGGCGCCCUGAAGCUGGCCGAGGUCCUGCGCCCCUUCGAGUUGACGCACACCGAGGUGGUGGAGCGCCGGCGCCUCCUGCUGGAGAAAGGGCCGCUGGAGCGAAUGCGAUCGCCUUCCUCCUCUCGACAUGGGGAAUCCAAAUCAGAUCGUGAGAAGAGUCAGGCGAUAGGGGCCAGCAGUGUUGCCCUGGUGGACAAGGCAGACAAAGUGCAGACAAUGAAGACCCCCAAGGGCCUGGGCAAGAAAAAGGAGAAGUCAGGGGAAGUGGUGAAGAAAGAUGAGAAGUCAGGGUCUGCGCAGUCGCCUGUACAAGGAAGCCCUAAGAAAGAAGACUCCACAAAGGCAGGCAAGGGGAAGGUGACCAUCCCUGAGCAGAAACCAACCAAGGGAAAAGGGCCCAAGACUGGAAGCAGAGAGAAGCGCAGCAUCCUCCUGGAGUCAGAGGAAACCGCAUCACAGAGGUGGGGCUGGAGGGCUUCCUCAGCACGGUACAGUACCAGGCGCAGUUCUCCAAGGCCAAGAGUGCGUCCAAGGGCCCCGUGGGGCUGCUGUGGCUGUCCCUGGCGGUUACUGCAGAGAAGGGCUGAGUCUCAACAUCUACACAGCAAAGGCCAAGCCCUACACAUGAGCCCGAAGAACACUGCCUGCAGAUGCCAGCGACCUGACACCAGGGACUCCCACCCGGCAUGGGGCCAUGUGGGUGGGAAAGCUGGGGACCCCGUGUCUCUGCCCUUCAGCGUUGCCUGCCCUAAGACAACCCACUGCCAUGCCCGGAGAGCACAGGGCCGGCUCCCGGGGAGCUGACGGCCGCUCUACAGGGAGAAGUGUCCCCCGUCACCUCUGGGCAGAUUUAACCUGGGCCACACCCCCUGAGCCCCAGUCCCCUCAUUCUGUGGCCUCGACAGGGACUUGCUCUGCCUGCCCAGAGCUCCCUCUCUGCGAGGCUCAGUCUCUGCCUCUGCCCGGGGCUGUGGCUCGGCCUCUCGGCAGCCAGCUGCUGAGCUUCUGCAGAGAA